AUGUCCUUCCCCUUAAAGCCUUCAGCUAGCAAAUCUGGUCGACUCACGCGUCAGGCCAACGUUACCAGUGGGGGAUCACAUUCACAUGAUAUCCCAUCAACGUCAGAUUCAUUCCUUCAAUCGUUGAAUCCACGCAGCACUCUCUUACUUCGCGCAGAGCUACCCAAGCCUAUGUCGCGAUUGCCAGAAAUUCGGCUUGAUGAUGGGUCAGGCGGGAGCGGAGGCAAGGUGCAGGUGGGACAGGUGAAACCGCAAAAGUCUUGCGAGUCAUACGACUCAGCAGCCAGUGGAAUGAGUUGGAGCAGUUCACAGAGCACAGUUGCGGUCGGAGGGGGAUAUUGCAAUUCAACCUCCGUUUCCGGCAAUCCCUCCUUCACCAGCUAUGAGGAAGACGAGGAGCCCCUGCAAAGUCACCCGCAGCAAUCGAUUGUCCAGAUCCCUUCCACUCCUAGUGCGCUGCAUAGGACACAGUACUCUCCGCGACACGAUAAUGCACAACAUAGGAUGGGACAUCCCUUUAGAACAAAUUACAGCUUCGAGGAAGUACACAUCACUUCUGAGCAGCCCGCCGAAAAAGGUGAAUCAUCCAUAGCACCACGAGGCAGUGCGAAGAAGAAGUCCUUCAGGCGGUUUUGGAAACUAGCCUACAGAGCCAUUCGAAGUGAAAUUGAUCCCGUCUACCAACUUCUGAAGUCGGCCGCAACUCAACGACACCUCUCCGCAAAAAAUUCCACCUCCUCUGACCACGGUGGGCACACGGGACAGCCACCGCGACUCAGCUCAAGUGGUGACGGGCUGGAGGGCGAAUUGACUCCUCAUAUGACUGCAGCAGGGUUCGCUUAG